AUGUGCCAGGACGAGGGGCAGGUGGCAAUCUUAUCCUUGACAUCCAUUUAUGACUCAUCAAUGCAACCAAUAGCUAGCCAACAGGUUUCCUCAAUAUACUUCCAACUACAAGCAAAAGUACAAGUGAGGCACGUGGGUGUGGAUAUGGGUUUAGCCACUGGCCCACUGCCUCCCGCAUUUUGGCACCCCAAAACCAGCAUCGGCGGGCCACGAUUUCCAUCAGACUCUGACAUAAACUUUGGCUACGAGGAGGAAGACGAAGACUACGACGAAGAUGUUGCAAGGAGGGGAAAGAUGAAAUGCCUUUCGUGCAAUGAGGAGUACGUGGCAUGUGAUGCCGGCACGUACAGGGAGUGCUACGGAGAGGCCGAUAAGACGGAUGAGGAGCUCAAGCGCGAGAUCGAGGACCUCAAGGCCAAGGUCAAUUUCCUCCGGCUAUUCUCCGCUGGUUCUGAUGGGACCAUCCCCAUUUCCAGGUCUAAUACGUUGGCCUUCUCCGAUGUUGUAUUAAUAGCCUCUAGUUCGACUGAUUUUGCCGAUCCUCAGUCCAAUUUUCCCUCCAUCCUUGCCCAUCGGGCUGUCCUAGUAUGUGGUGGAGGCCUCCUAGGACUCUCUGAUGGCAGAACUGCACAUGCUGAUGCAGAUCAUGGUGAUAUUAAUAAGAAGAAGAAGAAAGUGGUAGUUCUUGGAACUGGUUGGGCUGGCACCAGUUUUCUUAAAAAUCUGAAAGAUCCUGGAUAUGAUGUUCAGGUGGUGUCACCAAGAAACUAUUUUGCUUUCACUCCUUUGUUACCAAGUGUCACCAAUGGAACGGUUGAAGCACGCAGUAUUGUGGAGCCGAUUCGUAAUAUUGUUAGAAAGAAAAAGUUCAAUGUUCAAUUCAAGGAAGCCGAGUGUCACAAAAUUGACACUCAAAACAAAAAAGUAUACUGCCGAUCAAUCCAAGACAACAAUUUGGGCGUCAGUGAAGAAUUUAGUGUAGAAUACGACUAUCUGGUGAUAGCCAUGGGUGCUCGUGUAAACACAUUCAAUACCCCUGGUGUUGUGGAGCAUGCACAUUUUUUGAAGGAGAUAGAAGAUGCACAAAGGAUCCGCAGAACAGUAAUAGACUGUUUUGAAAGGGCUUGUCUCCCCACAGUAAGUGAAGAGGAAAGGAAAAGAAUCCUGCAUUUUGUUAUUGUUGGAGGAGGUCCAACGGGAGUUGAGUUUGCAGCGGAGCUUCAUGACUUUGUGAUUGAUGAUCUAGCCAAACUCUAUCCUACUUUGAAGGACUAUGUGAAAAUCACACUGCUUGAGGCUACAGAUCAUAUUCUAAAUAUGUUUGAUAAAAGAAUUACUGUUUUUGCUGAAGAAAAAUUCCGGAGGGAUGGAAUUGACUUGAAAACUGGAUCAAUGGUUACAAAGGUUUCUGAUAAAGAAAUAUCUAUUAAAGAGACAGCCACUGGCCAAAAUGUAUCAAUUCCAUAUGGGAUGGUUGUCUGGUCAACCGGUAUUGGGACUCGCCCGGUUAUAACGGAUUUCAUGAAGCAAAUCGGUCAGGUAGCUGCCCAACAAGGUGCUUACCUUGCUGAUUGUUUCAAUCGAAUGGAGAUCUGCGAAAUGUAUCCUGAAGGUCCAUUAAGGUUCCGAGGAUCAGGAAGGCAUCGAUUCCGCCCAUUCAGGUACAAGCACUUGGGACAAUUUGCACCAUUAGGAGGAGAGCAAGCUGCAGCUCAACUUCCUGGAGACUGGGUUUCUAUUGGCCACAGCUCCCAGUGGCUCUGGUACUCUGUGUAUGCCAGAGCAAAAGUACAAGUGAGGCACGUGGGUGUGGAUAUGGGUUUAGCCACUGGCCCACUGCCUCCCGCUUUUUGGCACCCCAAAACCAGCAUCGGUGGGCCACGAUUUCCAUCAGACUCCUACAUAGACUUUGGCUACGAGGAGGAAGACGAAGACUACGACGAAGACGGAUUUGUUGCGAGGAGGGGAAAGAUGAAAUGCCUUUCGUGCAAUGAGGAGUACGUGGCAUGUGACGCUGGCACGUGCAGGGAGUGCUACGAAGAGGCCGACAAGACGGAUGAGGAGCUCAAGCGCGAUAUCGAGGACCUCAAGGCCAAGUUACGUAUUGAAAAUUCGAACUUCCGAGUAUUGACAAAUAAAUGUGAAAGAAGUGCAACCGAGAAUGAAUUUGUCAUUGCCGUGAAGCUAGAGGUGGCGAAGGACGGUGACAUAUUGACAGUGACGCCGACGCUGGCAGUGGAAGAGAAGGAGAAUGUGGAGAUGGAGGUGUGUUGA